GAGAGGGUGAGGGGGUGGGGAGGUAGGGAAGGGCCAGUCCCAAGGGGCAGGUGGGGCCUUUGGGAGCAGGGACACCCUGAUCCAACAGAAGAACUUGUCUCCUGUGCCGCCAUGAAGAAGUUUUUCACUUUCUGGAGAAGGAACGAUGAGCCGGUGAGCCCCUACUCAGACCUGCCCGUAGGCCGGGCCAGGACCAGUACUCGUCACCUCACCCAGCCGGGCUACAACCUUCGAGAUAAGGACUUAAAGAAACUUCACAAAGCUGCCUCAGUUGGGGAUUUGGAGAAGGUGAAGAAGUACCUUCAGCUGAAGAAACAUGAUGUGAAUAUACGGGACAGAGAAUACAGAACACCUUUGCACCUGGCCUGUGCUAAUGGAUAUUCAAAUAUUGUAUCUCUCUUAAUUGAGAAACAAUGCAAAAUAAAUGCCUGCGAUAGGGAAAACCGGUCUCCAUUGACUAAGGCAGUACAGUGUGCUAAGGAGGAUUGUGCUACUAUUCUUCUAGGCCAUGGUGCAGACCCAAAUCUGGUGGAUUUAGAUGGCAAUACUGCUCUCCAUUAUGCUGUCUGUGGCCAAAGUAUCUCUUUAGUUGAAAAAUUGCUUGAAUACAAAGCUAAUCUUGAAGAUCAAAAUAAGGAUGGGUAUACUCCACUGUUACUUGCCAUUACUGAAAAUAAUGCAAAAAUGGUAGAGUAUCUUCUGAAGAGAGGGGCAGAUGUGAAUGCUUCAGAUAAGAAUCAAAGAACAGCCCUUAUGAUUGCUCUAAGCGAUGAACCAACAAAUUUAGUCAGUCUUCUUCUUCAGCAAGAAGUGGACCUGUCUUGCCAAGAUAUUUAUGGAUUCACAGCUGAGGAAUAUGCUUCUUUUAAUGGUUUUACUGUAUAUCAUCAAUUAAUUGCCAAUUAUGGAAGGGAGAAGAAAGUUGAACAGAUGUCUAAUUCUGAAGAUACAGCCUUGGGCACUACAUCUGAUACAGAAGAACUGAAUGAAGACAUAUAACCUCAUUUCUACAAGUCCUUUGCUACUGCCUUGAAUUAGAAAAGUCUGUUUUGAAAGAGCAAUUAAAUGAAAUGUCACAACAUUUCACUGACUACUCAUUUAAAGAAAAGUUUGUUAAUGGAGAACAAUUUUCACCUUAGAAGAUGUGAAGAGAUUUCAAAAGACAAACAUCUAUAAUCAUGAGCUCUCAGUUGGAAGGAUACAAUUUGUGUUCAGCUUAUAGUCAGCAAAAGUCUUUUUAGUCAGAAUUUUGAAUGGGGUAUUCGUUAAGUGUAAACUUUGAAACAUAGUGUGCUAGGCAUACAUUAGAGCAUUUAAAUAAAGUAAAAAUAUUAACAUGUCAGCUAUAAAA